AUGAGUGCACAUUUCCACCAUCGUCUCUACCAUCAUCUUAAGCCUGUCUUGUCAAUGUGGAUAUUCACCAACAUGAUGAACUGCAACAUAACUAAAUCCUGGCUUUGUAUCAACACCUCAUUUUCCACCCUCCCUAUAACAGCCAGUCCAGCUAACAGGAGUGGUAUGGGAGCAUAUCUUGAAAGACUGGCACAUUUAGAUGAAGGACUCUACAAUGACUUCUACAGCCUCUGGAUUGCACUGAUGGUCAUAAACUCUGUCAUAUUCCUGGUGGGCAUGGUGCUCAACACAGUUGCACUUUACGUUUUUUGUUACCGUACGAAGCAAAAGACAACCUCGGUGAUCUACACCAUCAACCUGGCAGUGACGGACCUCUUGGUGAAUCUAUCUCUGCCAACUCGCAUCUUGCUCUACUACAGCGGAGGAGCUUGUCUCACCUGCUCCUAUAUGCACAUCUUCAGUUACUUUGUGAACAUGUACUGCAGCAUCUUAUUUUUAACCUGCAUAUGUGUCGACCGUUACCUUGCUAUUGUGCAGGUUGAAGCUUCCCGUCGUUGGAGGAGCUCCAGCGUAGCCAAGGUGGUGUGCAUUACUGUCUGGCUGUUUGCAAUCGUGGUCACAUACUCCUUUCUCUCCACUGCUUUCCAGCAUACAGGCUGCUGCAUCUCAAAGCUUCUUUUCCUCACAAUCACUGAGUUCUUUUUGCCCCUCAUCAUCAUUGUGGUCUUCACUCUGCGCAUUAUGUGGGCCCUAACGGAUCGUCGCCUCAUGCAGCAGAGCAGGAAGAGAAGGAGAAGGGCCGUUCAGCUGCUGACGACUGUGCUGAUCAUCUUCACUGUCUGCUUCACUCCAUUUCACAUCAGACAGGUUUUGUUGUAUUUCUACCCUGACAUGCCCCAUCAAGUGAUCGUGUACCACUUAACAGUCACUCUAAGCAGCUUGAACAGCUGUAUGGAUCCUGUUGUCUACUGCUUUGUUACAAAUAAUUUCAAGGCCACAAUGAAACAUCUUUUCCGUCGUGCCGAGCCAGAGCAAACCAGUGGUGACAUUGUCAGUAUGCAGCACAGCUCCAAGGCCUCUGGAAGGACAGUUAACGCCAUCACCAAUAACAGGAUCAGGAUGAUCAGGAUGACCAGGAUUCCCAGCGCACGACAGAGGGACGUUAUGGAGAACAAUCACACACCAUAAAACUGUUCUAACAAGAGAUGAUUGGCUUUAUUUUGACAGACAUGACUGGUUUCUGAAAACUUCAUACCAGUGAAAAC